CGAAAGAAUCUGGGAAGGUGAGUCGGCGAUGGAGUCGGUGCGACAUUGCGCCUGCAAGGGAAUUCGAAGUUGUUUGAUUUGCGAAAAGGAGCGCCAGGUUGCCAGGCGAGACGCGGUCGCUGAUUUGAAGCAGUGUCGCAACUAUGUUUAUUGUCCCGAUUGCGAUAAAGCCUGGCCUGGCUGGGAGAUGCGUUCGUACGAGCAGCAUCCCGAUCAUUACGGGGAGCCCAUCGAGUUCCCCGGCACGUUUAUUAAAUUAAAUUUUUUAAAUCAAGACGAAUCGAAGUCGCUGAUUAGAGAUUUGGACUCUUUGCCGUGGGAGGCGUCGCAGAGCGGCAGAAGGAAGCAGAAUUUCGGUCCCAAGACCAACUUCAAACGGAGGCGCUUGAGGCUGGGCAGCUUCCAUGGAUUUCCCAAGAGUACCGAGUUCGUGCAACGCAGGUUUCACGACUUUGUCGAGCUCAAGGAUUUUCGAACUGUGGAACAAUGUAGUCUGGAGUACGAUCCCCGAUGCGGAGCCUCCAUAGAUCCCCACAUCGACGACUGCUGGAUCUGGGGAGAACGCAUAGUCACCGUGAAUGUACUGGGUGACUCCGUUCUGACCAUGCAGCCGUACCAUGGGGAUAGACGUCGUUACAAUCUGGACUGUGUGGACGGCCUUAAGAGUGAGGCUGCACCAGAGCAGGACCUUGUCGUCCGACUGCCGAUGCCCGAAGGAUCUUUAAAUAUUGAUUUAAAGUACGAAUGGGAACACUCCGUCUUACGGGAGGACAUAAGCUCACGCCGUGUUUGUUUGGCAUAUCGAGAGUUUACACCACCUUAUCUUCCGGAUGAUAAAGGCAACUGCAACGAAGAAUCUUGGGCGGUACUUCGGAAAGCAAUGCUCUUUUGGUGAAUCUUUGUUCGUCAGCGAUUGAAUUUAAUGGAAAAGCAGUGUCGCAAGCUCGCAAGCUCGCGAAUUUUCUCCAUCGGCUUGCCGUCUGUCGUAAAUAUAGCUUUUGCGUCAUACGCAAACCUCUUGUUUUUCGCAAUUUUUGGCAAGUUUUGGAAAAUGCUACUUCGGUACCCUUCCGACACUUGUGACUAUUCGAGGGGAGCUUGCAUAUUCGAAAUGGAUUUUAAUUUUAUGUUUUAUGUUUGA